AUGCUGGCAUUGAAUUUUAGUGCGGACACGCAGCUCGCGCAGGCCGUCAAGCAUGGUACGCAAAGACUCCCUUGCAGCUGGUCUUUUCAGGAGGCUUUACUUUUCAGAACUCCAGCCUUCCCGGGGCCCUGUUGCACUGACUCAAAGUCAAACUCCUCGCUGAGGGGCAAGGUGUCGUUGGGCAAGGUGUGUGAUUCGGGCCACUGCACCGAACUCGCAGACGGCCGGAUUUUGAAGACGUAUUGUCAGCGCUGGACCGCGCAGUUUGCUUGCCUGAGUCGGCACGGCUGUGACCUGAGCAUUUAG